AUGGAAGAAAGCAGUAUUUUAUCUAGUUUAGAGUCUUUGUUAGAUUCUAGACUGCAGACAUUUGAGAAGAAAAUAAACGAAAUUUCACAAAAUCAAAUUUCGGCGUGUACUAGUGGUACUUAUGUGUUCAAGAAGAAAGGCCACGAGCAACAGUUUAUGGUGAACGCUAAAGUUAUGGAUAAAAUGAGACAAGCAGACGGUUAUCUUGCUACCAUUACUGAGGAAGAUUCGAAUUCGUCUGCUAGCAGUGCCAGAGAAAAAAUUUCAGAAGGUAUGGACAUUUUGUCACAUCGUCAAAAAUGUUUAAAAUUGGCCGACAGUUCAGAGCAUGGUUGGCGUGUCGUACAAGAGUACGAGUCUCAUCCAUUGGCAGAUAACUCCGACGAUGAGAAGAAAAUCUACAAGGCACAAAUUCAAGCAGAUAGGAAGGUUCGUCAGGAACGUCGAGUACGAGCUAGACGCUUUUCACCGUACCCUGCUACUAAGGCGUUGCCAGCUUCAGAUAGUCGUCCUCCGAAUCAACAGACAGCAAACAGGAAACCAGGGCUAUGCUUCAAGUUUGGGAAACCCGGGCAUUGGCGGGCAGAGUGCCGCAUGGACUUGCAGGCUGAUAAGAAUGGCAAUACACAGAUAAGUAUAAAUUAUGGUUCAUUUUUGUUAAAUGGAGUUGAGGAGUCUGAUAACUUUAAUAUUGAGAAAAUGAAGUUAAGCUAUAAAUGCUCUAAUGAUUUGAUAAAGAAUGUUUCACAUAUGUCUGACAACGAUAAGAUUUUAGAUAAAGUAGUGUCUCCGGUUGGGAGAUUGCAUAAUUGCAUUAAGCACUGGCAAGAGGCGGAGCCAGGUGAAUAUAUUUUAAGUGUAGUUUCAGAACGAUAUAAGUUGCCUUUUAAAACAUUACUGAAAUCUGUUGAACUUACAAAUAAUAGGUCUGCCAGAGAAAAUGCUGCAUUUGUUUCGAGUGAGAUUCGAACCCUUCUCACUAAAGGUUGUAUAGAAGAAGUUACAGAGGCACCUUUUGUGGUAAACCCGUUAACUGUUGCUUAUAAUAGGCAUGGUAAACCGAGGGAUGAUAAAAAUGUGCAACAUCUCUCACGCUACCUAGCACCGGCUCAAGCGGCACUCAAUUCUCUACACUGA